AUGGCAGAAGAUGCAUCCGAAUGGAAGGUAGCUAAGUCCCGGCGCCGACCUGGGCGACCUGGGCGAGAUCAUGCUCAUUUGGUGCUGCAAGAGGUGCCUAAAGUUCCAGACGGGCCUGCUGACCCAACUGCGGUGGCACGAAUAGUGGCUAGAGUCAAAGAACGAGCUGAGUCGCUGAGACGCUCCGACUUUUGGGCAAGCACCUCCCACCUCAUCCUGGAGGCUCUCAAGGCCGUGCCAUCUCAAAGAGACAGUGACGCAGGUGCGAGGUUGGCGUGUUUGGGCAUUGGUUCGGCAGAAUCCUCAAGCUCCUCCGCUUGGCAAAUGGCCCUUGCAUGGCUUUUGGCGGAGGAAUUGGGGAUUGCUGAAAGGUCUUGGGCAGAUCCACAAAUGUGCGCUGCAGAUGUGGCUGCCGGACAGGAGCUAGGCUUUGUGAUUAAGGGUCUUCUUGAGCUCGCUGAAACGUCUCCGAGGAGGCCUGCCUUGCUCUUCAUGCCGCACUGUGAUCGACAGCUCUAUGAGACCGUGCUCUCUGACAUCAGUGAGGAAGAUGUUUCUUCUCUGGCUGAUGUGGUCCUGCUCGGAAACUCUUUUCAGGUCUACCGGGAGCGUGAUGAGCUCAAACUCGUGACCACUGGCCCGGGAGCACCUACUGCCGGGAUCCUUCAGCAGCUGUAUGUCUUGGCCAAGGAACAGCCUUUGCCAAACUAUACAGCCUGUCCGGAGGCCUUCAAUGACCUGUCCCUGAUGACAUUCCCACAGGAUGCCUUGUGGCAGAUCAAGACAAAAGAGCCUGCUGACAACAUCACAUUGGGACAUUGCACCCCGCCGCAGCAGACGCCAAAGUAUUCAGGUGCCAGUGCCAUGCUGUCUUUGCUCGUGGCCUUUGUGAUUCUACAAGCAAUUCUUCCUCCAUGCAGAACUUCUACCCAGAACAAAGACGUUGCGCUUUGUAGCAAUGCCAGUGACCAAGUGGAGCUGCUCCAGAUGUUCGCUCCCAACGGCACCGUCCGAGCACACCAUGCAGAGAAGUUGGGGAUGUUGGGGAAGCACCACUCGUUGAAGACUGAAGAGACAUGCUGCUCUGCCGAGGAUGACGAGAAGCUUGCCUAUAUCCAAUCGGAACUGGACAGCAUGUACGUCUGGGACAUUGAGGAUGAGGUAGAGCAAGCCAUGGAAAUUUCAACAAGAGAGCUAGAAGAAGAGUACAACAAAGUUGUCUCGGGCGAAGUGACCUGCAAGACAUCCUGGACAGAUCGCCUGAAGACUGCUGGUUCGGCUGCCUUGAAGAUGGGAGCGCAGCAAGCAGUGAAAGCAGUCCCGUAUGUUGGUGGAGUCUUAAGCUCGGUCGUUAAAGCCUUUUGGCCAUCAAGUGACAACUCCUGUGACAUUUGGGAACUGAUGCUUGGUCAGGUCCAAGAGCUGAUUGAUGUGUCGAUCAUGAAGUCGGAGCUCAUUUCACGCUAUGCAGAUUUGUUGGCGGUCAAGAGGUUUUUGAACCGGUUUUCAUCGAGCAGGUCCAACAUAGACCGCGGAAACUUUCUCGGCAUUGCGUUGGCAAAGGUGGAAGAUGUCAUGGAACACUUGACCGUUUCCGAGAACCGUGCGCAGUUCAUUCCUUUGGCUGUUGUCGCAGCCACCCUGCAUUGCACAAUUCUGCGUGUGAGGGUCCUUGUUGGGAUGGAUCUCUACGGUGCGUGGGAUGCCUCAUGGAACGCUGAGCUCCAAGAGGCGGUGGCCUACUAUCAAGACGGAGGAGGUCGCAAAUCCAAGGUCACAGAUAGCUUCACGACAAAGGCCUAUGUGGCGGGAUGUGAAGAGGCCGACUGGACACAUCUUGGAGGCAUCGGGUAUUCUGACUAUUGUGAUUUGAUCAAGGAUUACCAAAAGAACCACAUGAUACGAGACUACGCCCGCCCCAUCAUUACGGCGUUGCAACCCUACAUCUCCGACGUGACUUUCAGGUCGAAGGCAGGGUGGAUCACACAGUGGCUGAACCGCUCCAAAGUCUGUGAAAAUUCUGGGGGCUUUGGUGGCCCUGGCAACAUCAGGGAGAUCAACAUUCGUUCGGGCAGCGACGUCGACAAGAUCGAGAUGAUUUAUAAACGCUGA